AUGGCAGACGAUCUAUUAUAUUUGUCCAGUCUCACCGUGAGCAGAGAUAAGCAACUUGCCAAACACCUUGACGGUAUCCGGUCGCAAUGCAUAUCACAACACGGUUCCUUACGCUCCAACAGCGCCACUGGUGCUCACCCAUCAGUAUCAUCAACAACAACAUCAUCAUCAUCACCACCACCGAACUUCCUAGUCACAUGCCCGGACUGCUACCGAAAGGCCUUGGACCUCGUCCGCGCACGCUACCACCAAUCACGCGCCGCCGCUGCCGGCGAGUGGUGCACAACACGGCGCUCCUUCUUGCGGGACAUCGACACCAUGCUAGCUGGUGCGAAGGAAUAUCAAGUUGAUCCACGGACCAUCGACGACCGUGUACAGGCUGAGCGGGACAGUUGGUACCUCGAGGUCGUACAAUCCUCACUUGUGCGGCUCUUACGAACCGUCAUCGGAAAACUGGAUGAUGCUGUCCUCCCGGAGGAUGCAGACCCGGCGGCAGCGGCAGCAAAGGAUCAUAUUGUCGAGAGGAUAGAGGAACUGCAGCAAGCGCGCCAGGCGGCACGGUCACAUCAGAAUGUACUUCGCCUGGCCGAAGAUAUCGACAAGCUACUGCAGGGCGGGAAGGAUGAGAAUGGAGACGCAACCAUGACGGGGAUGGACACUGGCUUCCCGCCUGAGUUUGCCGCUACAGAAACGAGCGAUGAGGACCGAGUGGAGAUUAUGAGGAAGUCGUUUUGCAGCACAGUCGCACAGGGGGGCGACGAGAAGAACUUGCAAGGCUCUCAGAAGAAGUACUUCGACAUGUUCAAAAAUGGGACACCACUGGGUCAGGUGAUCGAGAGGAUAUUAGACGACAGGAAGGAGGCAACGGGGGCACAUGCCAAGAUCGGCCAGGUUAAGAAACGAUUGGAAGAUCUGAAGAGGGCUCGGGCGGCAUACGAACUACAAAAGACGAAGAAGGCCAGCAUAUCGGAGCACAAGGUCCCAGAAGAGCUUUACAACCUGCCCGCGUGCCACAACUGCGGACAGAUGCCCAAGACUAGGGAUUUCCUGAGCUGCCCUUUAUGUAUGGUUUUGGUGCAAAAGGGUGUGAGGGAACGGCAGACUGUGUGGUGUUCGCCGGGAUGCAAUACCGAAGGCCUGCCCAGCCACAUCGAAACCGACCACCAAUGCGCCUCCAGAGACGACUGUGUCCAAGUCAACCCUCUCCGCCACAGCCACCAACACUACGACCCGGACCAAGACGUUAAUAUGGACGGCACCAGCACGGUCGCUUCGUCGCCCGUUGACUCGGACCCCAACGCCUCGAGCCCCGUCUGCUUCUGCCGUGAGUGUCUGACCACGCUCAAGUGCGAAUCUGUCUUCUGCUCUCUGCGAUGCUACGACCUAAACUUUCAAGGCCACCGCGAAAACAUCCACAUGCCCACGCGCCGGCAGCUGAACAUCAUCGUCACCGACCGCCAACAUCUCGAGUACUUUCCCAUGCCGCCGCUCUCCUCCUCGUCGGGUCCGAGCGCGAGAGAUAGAGACAGGGACAGAGGCGACAGGGACAGCUACAACAACCGUAACCGUAACAACAAUGACAACAACGACGACGGCGGCCCCAACAGCGGACUCGGCGAGAAUCCUCCGUUCCUGCAGAUCAGGACCCGGUACAAAGCCAGAAACAUCAAGGAUCAUGUCAUCCCGUUUGACGAAGCCAUUAGCAACUGGGAGGAAGCGAACCAGGUCAAGGCGCAAAUCUAG